AUGAUGAGAAUAGCUAUCGUGGGUGGUGGAGGCUUCGCAGCUAUCCUUGCCCAUCACAUCACGCAAACAGCGAACCCCGUAAUCAUUCUGUCAAGAGAAUCAAAACCAGAGCUGGAGGAACGCUACGACUGUCAAGUCGCGGUAGUAGACUACGACGACGCUGAAAGACUCCGUUUCGCCCUCAAGGGCAUCGACCUCGUCAUAUCAACGAUACGCGGCCAAGAACAAAUCAACGUCAUCCACGCCGCGCGCCACGCCCGCGUCCGCCUCUUCGUCCCCGCAGAGUUUGAAGGCUCGAUAUCCCACCGCCCAUCGUCCGGCCAAGACCCCCUCGACUACGGCUCCUCCGAAGCCAUCGAGCUGCUAAAACACUGCGCCAGUUCAAAGUCUCGCAAGAUGGAGUACACGGUCUUCUCCUGCGGCGUCCUGUACGAGCGCUUUGCGCCGGGCGGGCUGGCAGAGUACGGCAUGGGAGCCCGCGCUACGAUUGGGAGUCAGGGGGUCUACCUUGUCGAUGUCGGGAACGCGUCCGCGGAUAUUGUUGAGACGAACGGCUCUGGACGGCCUGUGCAGGUCUGCAUGACCUCCGUUGCCGACGUGGCUCGGUUUGUUGCCGCUGCCAUCGAGCUGGGCCCGGGCACGUGGCCCCGCGAGUUCAAGAUGAGAGGGGACAGGAUGUCGGUUCGAGACAUAUUUGCAAAAUGCAGCAACGUGAGAGGUGUGGCGUUCACCUUGCGAACUCGAAAGUACUCCAAGCUCCAGAGCGAGCUUACACAUUACGAACAACGUCAGAAUUGGAACCAGUGGUGGAAUAUACAGCGACUGAUAGCUACGGCGGAUGGUCGAUAUGACUUUCGUCAGGCCAACUUGAAUGAAGCAGUCGACUUUCGACCUGUGAGUUUCAGGUCGUGGCUCGAAUCAAACUGGGGCCCAGGAUCAUAG